UCCCCUCUGCUCUCUCAUUUCUCCUCUGUAACCCCUCUUUCUCAUUCUCGUUUUCUCGCUCUCUCUGCCACUUCCUUCCUUCCUUCAUUGUCGGUUGAAGUCCUGAAGGUGCUUCUGAUCCAAUAUUUGCGUUUCGAGGAUCUGCUUAAUUUCUGAACCCGUGAUUCAGAUAAUGUUCAGUCACUUGGAAUAAAUGCAGUGUAGUUUUGGAGAUGUGAAGUUUUCAGGUAGCCUGUGCUUGAUGGACUGCUCACCCAGCAGCAGUGACAAGAAAACUUUGAAGAGGUGGUUUUUCAUAGACAAAAGGGUUGGCUAAACAUAUCUGCAGUUUGGUGUACAAAAAUCUCCGUUCAAACAAGCGGCAGAUAUCUAUUAUAUCUUUAUCCUUACACAAACCUUUGCAACUGAUCUGGAUCCGAUGGACAUGAAGUCAAACCACGCUUCUCCUGUUCUCACUGAUCCUGCACCAAUAAACAAGUCAAUGCGAGGAAUCCAUUCUAGUCUGUUGCCAUACUCACAUUCAGGUGCAUCUUUGUCCUCUGCGAUGCAUAUAACAAUUCCGAGAAAAAAGCCUGGUAAGCUUGAUGAUGUCUGGUCCAAUGGUUGGUUGGAUGCCAUGAAAUCCUCUUCGCCUCCUCACAAGAAGUUAAUUAAAGAUUUCAAUCUUGAGGUUGCUUCAGAUGAUGCUGAGAUUGCCUAUUUUUCCUGGAUGCUUAAGUAUCCAUCAGCGCUCAACUCUUUUGAGCAAAUUGCAAACUUUGCGAAGAACAAGAAAAUAGCAAUGUUUUUGGAUUAUGAUGGGACUCUUUCGCCGAUUGUUGAUGACCCUGACCGUGCUUUUAUGUCAAAUGCUAUGCGAUCUGCUGUGAGAAAUGUUGCGAAGUAUUUCCCCACAGCAAUUAUCAGUGGAAGAAGCCGUGAUAAGGUUUAUGAGUUGGUAGGUCUAACUGAACUCUAUUAUGCUGGUAGUCAUGGGAUGGACAUUAUGGGCCCCAUCAAGCAUGUAGUGUCCAAUGACCAUCCAAAGAGUAUUAAAUCUACUGACCAGCAGGACAAGACGGUAAAUCUUUUCCAGCCUGCUAGUGAAUUUUUGCCUAUGAUUGAUGAGGUUUUUAGAACCCUUGUCGAGAAUACUAGGGGAAUUUCAGGUGCAAAAGUUGAGAAUCACAAGUUUUGUGCCUCUGUACAUUAUCGUAAUGCAGAUGAGAAGAGUUGGCCAAUGAUUGCACAAUGCGUGCAUGAUAUUCUAAAAGAUUACCCUCGUCUGCGUUUAACUCAUGGGCGGAAGGUUUUAGAGAUCCGUCCCGCAAUUGACUGGAAUAAGGGGAAAGCAGUCGAAUUCCUGCUUGAAUCACUUGGACUAAGUCAAAGUGAUGAUGUGCUCCCGAUCUUUAUUGGAGACGACAGGACAGAUGAAGAUGCAUUCAAGGUUUUACGGGGUGGAAAUCAUCGGGGUUAUGGAAUUCUCGUAUCAUCGGUCCCGAAAGAAACUAAAGCAUUCUACUCUCUCAGAGAUCCAUCAGAGGUGAUGGAAUUUAUGAAAUCCCUGGUGAGGUGGAAGAAGCUUUGUGCAUUAUGAUACGAAGCAUCCCUAAAAGAAAGAGAGGAGCACAGAGUCCAUCUGUGUAUAUAGAUUAGUAUAUAUAGAUAGAUAUAUGCUAUUCUAAGUUUCGUCCUUUGUAAUAAAAUCAGCCCAGUGGGAGUCCCACCGCUGCAUUAUUAAUCUGCAAUCUGAGUAAACUCUUUUAUUUUUCCCUAAAUUAUAUCAUUGGUUGCAUUUAUUUUUUAAAAUUAUUAGUUGUAAUAUCGUUAUUAUUGGUUUUUUUUUUUUUAAUAUGAAAGUCUAUGUAAAAGCGGUUCUUCCCCCAAAGGCUCAAGCUGAGGGGGUGCUAAUUUCCUCUCGGAUUUCAAUUGAUUAUUUGAUUUUUUUGUUUAGUAUUUAUUGUAAUGUAUUUAUCUAUUAAUGCAAAACUGUUCUCUGUUUUU